AUGGAUCCUCCAACCUCCUGUCGCCCCAUUCUACCAGUCAAGUUUAAUCCUUUAAGCAUCCAUUCGCUGCCGCAUUUGACAGUUUUAAGCUUAUCCGGUUGUAGUAAAUUGACCGACGAUGGUGUGGAGCUGAUUGCCGAAAAUCUACAAAAAUUACGAGCAUUGGAUUUGUCAUGGUGUCCACGUAUAACGGAUGCCUCGCUGGAGUAUAUUGCCUGUGAUCUAAAUCAAUUGGAAGAAUUAACGUUGGAUAGAUGUGUCCACAUAACCGACAUUGGUGUUGGCUACAUCUCCACCAUGCUCUCGCUAACCGCUUUAUUCUUACGCUGGUGCUCACAAGUUCGUGACUUUGGCCUACAACAUUUGUGCUCAAUGCGUAACCUGCAGGUCCUCUCGCUGGCCGGCUGUCCAUUGCUUACCUCAUCGGGUCUGUCCAGUCUCAUACAGUUGAGGCAUUUGCAAGAAUUGGAGCUGACCAAUUGUCCGGGUGCAUCCCAGGAACUCUUUGAAUAUCUCAAAGAUCACAUGCCUCGUUGUUUGAUAAUUGAAUAAUUGUCGAAAGGAAACACCCAAAGAAAUAAUUUUUUUUGUAACUUAUUUUCGGUGUAGUCUUAUUAUAUAUAUAUAUAUAAAACAAUUUUUUUUUCU